UUAGAAUUCGUGCAUGAAAGUUUCAGAAGCACGUGUAGAAAAAAAACUGAAACAAAACUAACGUUGAAGCGUAUACUUGUACACACAAUUUAGUACUAUUCAAAGUACACUGUGCUAGCUUAAAGUUACAGAGGAAUAAUUUUAUUAAUUUUACUUGCAUUGUAAAAUGUCUGACGAGGACGACACUGCUGCAGCCCAGGAAGCAGUUGAAGAUGGUUUGGAAGGGGAGGGGGAGAAUGAAGAAGUAGAACAGCAGCAGCAGGAGGAGGAGGGAAACGAACAACGGGAAGAAGGGGAGGAGGGCGAAGGAGGAGAGGGGGAGGAGAAAGAGAAAGGGGAGGGGGAGGGGGAUGAGAUUGACCCCGAAGUGGAAGACCCCGAGGAGGUGGAGGAGGACGAACACAUCCCCCCAAAACUACUCACACAGGCCGAUAUCAAUGAAGGCAUAUCGCUGCUGUGUAAGACUGGCACAGGCCUCUCCCACGCAUUCGUGCGACUAGACAUCCGAGACAAGGAACUGACAGACAUCAAUCUGCUGAGCGCCUUCAUCCAUCUGCGAUACAUUGACAUGUCUGUGAACAGCAUCAAAGACAUCUCCUGCCUGAGUGGACUGACUCACUUGUUGACCUUGAAAGCAGAGAAAAACAUCCUGAAGUCUGCUGCUCUUGAGGAGCUGCCGUACCUUCAACAAGCCAACUUCUCCGACAACAGAAUCAAAACGACAGAAGGCAUCUAUCACCCACUUCUAGAAACGCUGAUUCUGUCUUGGAAUUCGAUCAAAGAAAUCGCCCACCUCGAGCCAGGACGAUUGACAAGACUUCAUACACUGGAACUAAGAAGCAACGCUCUUACAAGCACCAAAGGUCUAGUUAUUCCCACUUUGAAGAACCUUUUCCUUGCUCAAAAUAAAAUCAAAUUCUUAGAAGACUUGGAAAAACUGGAAAGUCUGGAAAUGUUGCACAUGCGAGACAACCAGGUCGACAACUUAGACGGAUUCAGUGAAAAAAUGAGGUCGCUCCAGUAUUUGAACAUCCGAGGAAAUCAACUUGCGAAUAAAAAGGAGCUGAACAAACUGAAAGUGUUGCCUUUUUUGAGAGCAAUUGUGAUGGCCGAAUGUCCAGUUAGCGACGAAGAUGAUUACAGAAUCGAAGUCCUCAUCACUUUGAGGAGGAUUGAAAGAUUGGUUAAGGAUGUCUACACCGAUGAAGAAAGGCAAGAGGCGGAGGAGAUUUAUGAACAGCGGCGAUUGGACGAGGCAGCAGCCAAUGAGGAGGGGGGCGGGGACGAGGAGGGAGGGGAGGGGGCCACUACAGAAGCCACACCCGCCGCCGAAUAGUUCUGCAAGAGGCCAAGAGACCGCUGAUGACAUUUGACUAGACUGUGAACUAACCUCGCAUUAAUGUCGUCAAAUAAAUCAUCCCGAUCAAAAUUAUUAGUUUUUAAAUAUCAAAAAUAAAAAUCGCCUGUUAAAGCUC